CUCCACCGCACAAGCCAUCCAAGGGUCGAAAAUAGAAAUCUUUUCUGAAUCCGCACCAUGUAAUUCUGGCUCCGUGCCUGCACACAACCUUCGACCUUUUUGUAGUUUCCACAGCCCACCGUCCAUGGCUGCCAUAUCAUUCACACCGCACGUUCAAAGACCUCCGAUACCUUUACUUUCCAAGCCCAGAACCCUUAAAACCAAACCCAGAGUUUCAACUCAAGCUUCUCCAACCUCACAGCUGGCCUUAUCAGACCCCUUUGUUCUUCAACUAGCUGAAGCUCUCGAGGACUCGCUACCCUCUUCUUCUUCUUCUUCUUCUCCUCCUUUACCUCUCCAAAAUCUAAGAGACUCUUCCUCUGAGGCCCUCCUCUCAACCCCAUGGCCUUCUCGCAAAGACGAGCCCUUUCGCUUCACAGACACCUCCUUCAUCAAGAACUCCCAAAUCCAACCAAUCUCUCGCCCACCGAGCUUUCCAAGCAUUUUGGAAGAUACCCAUUUCCCAACUCUAGUUAUAGUUGAUGGGUUUGUCGUAAAUUUCUCAAAUUUGACCGAAUUGCCAAAUGGGGUUUAUGUGGGUAGCUUGCUGGAGCUCACAGAAGAGACCAUUAUGAAAAGGGUCUCUGAGUUUGUGUCUAGCAGUUGUGAUGGAGACUUAUUUUGGUCCAUUAAUGGAAUUGGGGCUCCCGAUUUGACAGUGAUUUAUGUACCAUCUGGGUGCCGGGUGGACGCUCCAGUUUAUCUGCGGUACUUUGCUAAUGAGGGCGGAGAUGAGGGGUCGAAUAAACUCCCGUUAUCGAAUCCGAGGGUGCUUGUGUUGGCGGAGAAGGGAGGGGAGAUUGGUAUAAUUGAGGAGUUCUUGGGUGGGGAUGGUGACAAGUGUUAUUGGGCGAAUUCUGUUUUCGAGGUAGUGGUUCGAGAAGGAGGAAAAGUUAGGCAUUCUUAUGUUCAGAAUCAAUCUUUGAAUGCUGCCCACAUAAAGUGGACUUGGGUCCGCCAGGAAUCAGCUAGUGCAUAUGAGCUUGUAGAGGUUAGUACUGGUGGAAAAUUGAGCAGGCAUAAUCUCCAUGUUCAGCAACUGGGACCAGACACAACCACCGAGUUAUCAACAUUGCACUUGUCUGUCGGUGAUCAGACACAAGAUCUACAUAGUAGCAUUGUCUUGGACCAUCCUCGGGGUUAUUCCAGACAACUUCAUAAAUGCAUUGUGUCUCAUUCUCUAGGACAAGCCGUAUUUGAUGGGAACAUAAAGGUCAACAGAUAUGCUCAGCAAACAGACGGAGGGCAGCUGACAAGAAGUCUUCUUCUUGCACCUCGUGCAACUGUAAAUGUCAAACCCAAUCUUCAAAUUAUUGCUGAUGAUGUCAAGUGUUCGCAUGGAGCUGCAAUUAGCGACCUAGAAGAAAGCCAACUCUUCUAUUUCCAGGCACGUGGCAUUGACUUAGAGGCAGCGAGAAAGGCUCUCCUAUUUUCCUUUGGUGCAGAGGUGAUCGAAAGAUUACCUUACGCUUGGAUGAAGAAGAACGUAGAAAGUCAAAUUAAAGAAUUGUUGGAUCCUACUAAUAAAGGAUCAUAAUUGGAGGUGCUAACAUAGGUCAUUGGCUACGGGAAUUUUAACUGUUAUUGAGAAUCAAAUAAAUUUUGGUUUUAUUUGUAACUAUGGAACGUUUCUGCUCCAUUUCAUUCCCAAGCAAACAGAGACUGGAAAUAAAUUAUUUUGAUUUUUAAUUUUGCACUGUAAAAUGGUUCCGGUUGUGUCUAUGUUGUCACAUAUUAAUCAUAAAUUGAAGAUAUUACGUCAUUUGAGAUGCAUGGUUGAAACUUGUAUGUGUAUUGAUUCAAGAGCUUAUUUGUGCUGAUUAUGCUUUUGAAAUUCACAUGAAGAAUCCCUUACCCAGGGGUACCUCAGAGAUUUAUACAGAGAUAGUUAAGGGAUUGGGAGAGACAUAGGUGGGCGCAUUACCUGGACGUGCCAUGAGCUUCAUUACCAAAAGAUCCAAUCUAGACUCUCCAACAGUUAAUGGUUAUCCAAGCAAGCCAAUAGGAUUAUACAGUAAGCAGUCUAUCAUAUUCGGAUCAGACUCAAAUGCUGAGGACCUGGAAGGAUAUGCAGGUGCUGGGUUUUAUGACAG